AUGUGUGAUCGAUUCAGCCCAAAUUCAUGCCAACGUAGUGUCCAGAGUACGAUCGAUCCUGGAUACAGUGGAGUAGCCUAUACAUCGGGACGCAUCAUUGUUAUCAGUGCCAAAUGGCUACGUGACAAUCCACAAGAUACUGUUGUUAUCACACACGAAUGCAUGCAUGUGGUGCAAAGCUAUCCACGUUAUGAUCCCAGUUGGUUGGUCGAAGGUAUUGCAGACUACGCGCGAUGGAAAUAUGGCAUCAAUAAUCCUGCUGUUGGCUGGUGGUUGCCUAAUUUUGACUCUAGUCAACACUAUACAGACUCAUACAGAGUAACUGCUCGUUUUCUGGCCUGGUGUGAAAAGUUCUAUCCUAAAAUUGUUAAUCAACUCAAUGCAGUUAUGCGAAACAAUUUGUAUUCAGCAAAUUUCUGGAAACAGUUUGCUUCUGGCAAGUCAGUGAAUCAGCUGUGGACCGAAUAUAGUAGGAAUCCAAAGCUAUAA